AUGUCUGCAUAAUAAAUAGAUCACACCAUUCACUAAUCUUCUUAGGCUAUGCCUUAAACAAGCACUUUUAGCGGGGAGAACACUCUCAAAAUGUCAUAGUUUUAGGAUUAAACGCGAAAUGCUUCUCUAAGCAAAGUAAAUAUCAAUCAAUUUAGUGGUAGCAUUAAAAUGGUCAGUAAUAAUUCAUCAACGGGAAUAAGGAAGAUAGAUAGAAUUCAUAAUUAGCUUGUAACUCAGUCCAUGCAGAAUGGAAUUACUCUUAAAAACAUAGAAGGAGUUUUAGCUCCUUAGAUUCAAACUAACUCCAGUCUUGUCAGAAGAGAACGCUGUGAGAGCAUUGGCAAUUAAAUAAAUAAUAUAAAAGACAGUAGGAAUUGCAAGACAUCUUCUCCUAUACUUAAUCUUUAAGGUGGGAAAGAAAGCAGACUAAGGAAAAAGUCAAAGGAUAUUAAGAAUCGAGAAAAAUUUGCUGAUCUAAUUGUCGUGCUAGGCAUUAAAUAUUAAGAUUUCAACUUGCAUAAAAGGGUGAAUGCUCAAGUGGUUGGAGGAUAUCCAGACUUAUCUGAUAAGGAAUUCGCUAAAAAGCACAACUAUGUUGACAAUUUAUCAUGGAUCUGCUUCCCAGAGGGAUUCGUUGUGCAAUCAUUUGAGAAGAAAAAAGAUGGAGAAUUAUGCCAAAGCAAGAUCUUUCAUUUUAUUAUAACUAAUCAAGAUGGAGAUAAGAGAUAUAUCACAUCUAUUUUAUUCAAGGUAUUUCUUUAUUUUUGUUUAUUGGUUCAGGAACUAUAUCUUUCUGAGAAACUUGGGGCAUUUAUCAUUCCAAAAUCAAUUUGCAUUGUUUCUUCAAAACCACUUUUUACCUUGCAAAAGUAGUUGCUCUGUAUGAUUUUUCAGAAGGUGAUACUAGAUAAAAAUGCUCUCUCUAUUCAAGCAUAUGCCAAGCAUCCGAGUAACUAUCUAAACUAUGUGAAUUCUGAAACAGAGGAGAAAAUUCGUGAGAGCUCAGAUAACUUUCUAAUGAAGAAAAUAGAAUUCUACAUAAGCAUCUUCUUCAAUCAUCUAUACUAUUGUGAUGAGGUUGAUAAGGACAUUGAAAUAGAAGAAAUUAGAGAAAGAUACACUCCAUACAAUCAAAACUCAUAGGGUAUGCAAGGUAAUUACAAGUGUGGACCGAAUUGCAUUAAAAAGAGACAUAAGCAUAAGGAAAAAUUAGUGGAUAGCUAUUUUAGAUUUAGAAAUACCAAAACUUACGGAUUCACAUUAGAAAAUUAUAGUUUCGAGCUGCUUCUUCAAUGCCUGAAGCCGGAGAGAAUUUUAUUCCUGAUUACUGCUUUACUUUUAGAAAGAAAAAUAAUUUUGAUUAAAGAAAAUUUCGGAGAUAUUGCCUUGAUCAUGGAGAGUCUCGUAUCACUAUUAAAUCCUCUUAAAUGGAAUUUCGUGUUCAUUACUUAUUUGACUCCUUAAUUAGUUGAAUGCUUGGAAGCUCCUUUCCCGUAUAUAAUUGGUGUUUCUAAGAAGGUGUAUUUAGAGUAGUGCCAAAUGAGAGAGUUACCAGAUGACAUUAUAAAAUUUGAUAUCGAUAAUUAGGAACUAUUAAACUAGGUCAGAGAGGAAUUGCCACCUCUUCCAUAGCCACAAGCAAAUGUUCUAUAAAGAAGCUUAAAAGACAUGCUAGAUAUUAAAGAAAGAUUCAUUGAAACUAUUCAAGAAAAUGCUACAAACAAGGUUACUAAAGAUAAGCUGGAAGAAUACUAUUGGGCUUAUGCUCAAAUUAGAGUGAAGCAGAGCUUUUUCAACUUUUUCCUCCUCACUAUAAAUAACUAUAUUGGUUACUUUAAGAACCUUGACGAGGAAGGAAAUUUAUCACCCCACAAAAAAGACAAAUAAUUUUAUGAUAAAUUAUCAAGCUAGGAUGUUUUUGACUUUGACAGCUAUCUAAAACAGUUUGACGGUGGUAACAGAGAUUUUAUGGAAAAACUCGUACGGACUCAAAGCUUCAAUAACUUUAUCGAGGAGACCUAUAAAAACACGACUCCUAAAAGUGUCAUUGGAUUCUUCUAAACUAACCUGGAAGUAAUGAUUGAUCAUUCAUUUAAGAAAUUAAAAAAAGAACAAAAUAAACUCUUGGAUAAGACAUUCUUUAACUUAUAAAAUCCUGUCAAGUUUAAUAUAGCUGGAAUGUACAGGCAUUAUAAAUAGUAACUUCUAAUGAAAAAUGCCAAGAAACUCUACUAGAUUCUCAAGGACGAGGGAAUAGAAGAUGGCUAGAAUGAAAAUCACGCUCAUAAUAGUGAUGAACUCCUGUAGAAGUUAUUAUUUCAUGAAAUUACUGAAAGUAAAGAUAAAUAGCUUUCUCUACUCAAUACAUUUGAGUUUGACUUGAUUACAAAUAUGCCAGGUAUUUAGUAUGACAAAAUAAGCAGCUACGAAUAAAUGAAGUCUUAGAGAAGCGAUUAAAGUCAGGAGAGAAGAGCUCAUAAUAAAACUUAAAUUGACGGCAAAAGUAUGUACGGUUUAGAUUUUCAGCAGAGUAGAUAUCUUGAGGGAAAUGAUAAUGAAAAAUCAGAUUAUAAGAGUAGAAAUUUAUUCAAAAUAAUCUAAUCUAGAAGCGGUGACCUUGUUAAUAAGAGUUAAACCUUCAAAGCAGCAACUCAUAAGAGGUCGGGUGGAGGCUUGAUCUAUGACAAUUUUCUAUCAAUGGCUAAUAAUUAGACUUAAUUAUUCUCUCAGGAAGAUGACAUUCAAAAUUCAAUGAUUGAUACUUAAGGUUAAAAAUUCAUGUUUUAAGAUUCAAGCAAACUUGCUCUUUAAAAAAUACAAGCUCUUAAUGAAAAAGCUGAGAACAAAUUUAGAGUCAACUCUGAGAAUAAACUUAUUGGCUAGCAGAAAAUGAAUAAAACGAUGGAGAUUACCAAUAAUAUCUCAAUAAGAGCACAGGCUUAGACCUAGUAGCUAAAAAUGAGAAAUACAAAUAAUAAAAGCUCGACAAGAAACGACUUUCUACACUCAUCUCAAAUUAUAAAUCCCGCCGCCAGUGGAACUUAGGCAAAUGCGAAGAUAAAUAAGUCGCCAAAGGUUUCAGAUGACACUAAGUUCAAUCAAAGUUUGAAAAAGCCUUAGAACUCAUUCCAUUAAGAGAAGUAACUGAAGCAGCAGUCAGUUUUGAAAGAAGCUUUAAAUAGGAAAAUAAUGCAUGAGCGAUAAAAAAAUGGAUUAGUUAAUCAAACUUCUGAGAAUAAGAUUGAAUCCUUUAAAUACCCAACUAGUAAUAUUCAGUCCAAUAAUGUAUCUAGUAUGUUUUCUCCAAAUAAUAGAUCAUUGGCAAAUAUGACCAACGAUGAAAGCUAAAUUAAGCAACAAUAGAAGUAGAAUUCCAAGUACAUUCCUAAUUCAAGGAUAGAUUUAAUGAAUCCUAAAGUUAAGAAAAUCAGCAGAAAUGAGGAAAGAAAAUUAGCUAUGAAAAAAGGAUUCCUGAAUCCACAACAGCAUGAGAGCUUUUCAUUGUUUAUUUACUCCCCUAAUGAAGAGCUAAAUAAACUUGCAAUGAUGUAAGUUAUCCAAAGAAAGGUUGAAAAUGGGUAAAUAUAGUUAGGGUAAUCUAAAGACUAAAUGAGCUUCUCUAACUUAUUAUACAAUCAAAAUAACUAUAAUAGCAAUGGCAGUGAAGAGGAUGUAAUGAGCAGACUUUAAAGAAUAAAUUCACAGCACAAUCAAAUACAGUUUUAAAAGAGAUUACUGUAAGACUCAGAUUUUUUCCAAGCAAACGAUACUCUUCUUACAACAAUAAACUUCAAUCAAAAUUUUAUUCAGUAAAAACCCUAAAUGCAUCAAUCACCUUCUAUUUCACACACAGAAGUAAGCUCUAUUAAGAAGAGUGACAGAUUGAGAGAUCAGUUUGGGGAUGAAGAAUAGCAAUUAAUGAUCGAGUAAAACUCACCAGAUACAAAACAUAUAAAAGAUCUUUAGUCAAUCAUUAAUCCUAACUCCAAGAUUAAGGGUUUUGGCUUACAGAGCAGUGCGAAGUCAUCUAUGCAACAAAAUUUACAAAAUAGAAGGAUGAAUAAUUCUAAUAAAAAUAGCAUGAACAAUUUCAACAUGAGUGUAAAUGAAUAAUCUCUAGGAAGGCUGCUAAGUGGAAGCUAAAAAGACUAAGAAGACUUUAAGAUUUAGACAAACUUGGCUGAAGGUGAUGAAAAUCUUGAUUCUAUUGAAACAAAGCCUCUUAAAAUUCUGGAAGACGAUAAGGCUGGAAUGACAAAGACUUAGCUUAUGAAUUUGAAGAAUCCAUAAAUCUUGAAUAGUGAGUCGCCUUAUCUAUAGAGCAAAGUCACUCAUCAUAAUCAGACACUAAGCUUUAAGUUUUUCGCUUAGGGCCACUAGCAGAAAGAAUUAUAGUAGAAUUCGAAGAGCAAUACCAAUUAAAGCACAGUUAAAAAGAAUUUUAACCCAGGCAAUAGAUCACCUUAGAAUACCAGCUCUUACAGCAAUAUGACGAGCAAUAACUCAAAUAGAUUUAACAACAAGAAUACUAAGGCAAAGUAGAACUAGAAUAGCAACAACAUCAUGCAAACUUUUGAUAGUCGUACAGACUCUAAUAAAAAGCAAUUGAUUUUAAAUAGAAAAAGAAGCACUCCAGCCAUCAAUUCAGAAAAGAGUCCUUAAACUAAUAAACAAGGCAACUUCUUAUUUAAGGGCGGCACAUAGAAAGCAAAUUAAGAGCAAAAUUAGCCUCAAAGCUAGCAAUAAAGUUUUAACUACUUUAAGUAAAGACCAGCCAAUUAAACUUUAAAGUCCAAUAAGAAUUCUCAAAUUGCAACUACUACAGUUGACUUAGCACUCAAGCCUAAACUAGCAGACAAAACUACAGCCAGAAUAAAUGAAAGAUAAGAUAUGACCUAGUUGAGAAUCUCCCCAAUUCCUAAUUUAUCAUAGAUUCUUAAUCAGUAGAAGCAGUCUUACAGAGAUAACCACAACAGCAGCAGUGGUCUUUCAGACGAUUAGGUUAUUAUUCAGAGCAAUAACAAUCGUCCUUCUGGCUAACAAAACACUUCCUCUAACAUAAAUCCUUUAAGUUCAAACUACGCCUCAAGACAGAGCAAUAAAUCUUUGAACUAAAAUGGAGAUAUGAUGUUCGCUUCAAUGUCUCAACUACUGGAUUCAGAUUUGUUUGAAAAGGCCCACUAAACUGUGAACGGAGCUCAAACUGCUAGAAAUGAGUCUAAUAAUAAAAAUCCCAUUACAACUUAAAAGUUAAGAAAUCAGAUCUUUAGUUUAUCUCAGAGAUCAUCCUCAAACCUUUAGAACAAUUUUAUUAGUAGAGGCAGCCAUUUAAGCGGUGAAAACUUCAUAAGAUAAUCAGAGUUAUCUCACAAUUAUGACUCAGCAAGACUUUAAAAAGAUACAGAGUUACUGCUAUAGGAUAAACUUGUACUCAUUAAUUCUUCAAGAUAGAGUGACAUAUUAUCCUAAAAUGAGCCUUAAAAUAAUAUUUCUAUUUCAAUACUUAAAAGUUCUCCAACUAUGAUGACCAAAAAUAUUUCUAGAACAACUAAGAACAUGAAUGAUAAUUAAAGUGGAAUCAGCAGGCAAAAUUUUGUAAUUUAAGGAAUGGGCAUGGGCUCAUCAAUUUAGCAAUCUGUGCUUACUUCCUAGGAUACUUAGAAUAUGAAAAGUAUUUUAAAUGCAUUGAAAAACCAAGUUCCUUAGUCUUACUAAUACCAAUAGCCUGUACCUAAUGGCUAGAACAUCAACAUAGUGAAUGUUGACUUGAAUAAGCAUAAGUAAGUAGUAUUUUCACCAAAGGGAAUGAGUGGCUAAAAGAUAUAAGACAUUCUUCAGUAGACUAGCACUGCUGCAAAAAUGAUGCUUAGAAAUAGCAGUAUUGAGGAAGUCAGGAGAAAUAUCAAUAUGUCCAUUGAGUCGAAGAAGCAAUCUAAAAUUGAAAACAGACUAUAUACCAAUAACUCAAAUGUCUCCGCUAAGAAGCUCAAUUUCCCGAGUCAAAUGGAUGAUAAGAAAAAGAAGCAGGCAAGAUCCCCAUAGCCUUUCAAUAAUCAACUCCCCCCUGCAUCAAAUAAGGCUCUCAAAACUCUAUAAUCCCAAGAGUAUAAUCUAAAAGAAAAGUAAAAGAGGCCAAGUUAUAAUACGAAUAUCAGUAAUUUUUAGCAAUCAUAAGAUCCUUUGGUGACUCUUGCCAAAGAUAGUCAUCGAAGUGGAAAGAAAGUUAAGCAAACUAUGAGCAAAAAUUAAAUUUCUAAUAGUAAAAUGAUAAACUCAUCAAGCAAGAAUCUCAAAAUUGAUGUGGCUGAUUGUCCAGUUAAAGAUAUUCCUACUAAUUUUCUUUCAAGCACUCUUGCGAAGAGCAACUCUAGAAUUGAAGAAAUAACUGUGUCAAGAUCGACUAAACAUCUCUAUGGUCCUCCAAGUAAGUCAAGGUUACUUGAAGAGAUAGACGAUGUAAACUAAGCGUUAAUUAGACUAGAAGAGCAAAAGCAAAAGAACAAAAGGUGCAGUGACAACCUACUCGAAGACACUCUAACAUCAUAGAGCAAUUCCAAUGCUUCUUACUAGACAUCACCUAAGCACAUUAACAAUAAUAGCAGCGCUAAGCAACAAAUAAGGGGGUUUUAGAGCUCUACAAUAUUUAAAACAAUCAAUAAUUAGGCCUUAAGGAAGCAAACAUAUGAUGAAAGUGUUCAUGGAAGUAGUAGCAACAUUAAUAACAAUAUUUUGGUAACUGUCACCUCAGGCUAAUAGUUAGUCACAGUUAGGAAUUCUGAAUUUCCCAUCAAGAACUAUCAGCUCAGUUAGCAUAAAGAGAGCCUUAUCUUAUUGAAUAAUAUAAACAAGCCAAAGUAUAUGUAGAGCACAGAUGAAUUAGACUAUGAAAAUCAAGAGAUUACAGAUUUCAAUUAGUAAAUGCAAUUUUAUAAUGACGAAUCUUCUGAUAAUGGUCUUCUUUCAAAUUAAGUUCACCAUGAUUCCAAAUAAAAUGAAAGAUUUAGUAAGAUUCAUUAAGAAAUAGAUUUACUUAUGAGUCAAGCUCCGAUUGAUAGAAAUUCAAGAGGCAAAAAGUCUUAAGUAAACAGAAACAACUAACAUUUCAACCACUUUGAAAAUUCAAAAUUUAGACAAGGAGCAUAUAGUUUUCAUUAAAGCAUGAAAUAAAGAGGAUUGAGUCAGAUUAGUGGUAAUAACUUUGUCACAAGUUAAAAUCUUGAACAAAAUUAGCCCUUGAAUGAAAUAAGACAAAAUCAGAAUUUAGCAAAAGAUUGUGUUAUUAUCAAUAAAAACGACAAUAGUUCAGUAUCAUCAAGCAAAGAACUUAACCAAAAGAAUAAAUCAAUAAAAUCAAAGGGUAGUGAGAACAACAACAAUUCAAUCCAUCAAUUUACUAAUAACUCCAGACAUUCACAUACAGUGUCUUCAGACAAUUUACCUCAAGAUUUUAAAUCUCUUGCAUCUAAGCAUCAUAAUAGAAAGAGAUAGCUUCGGCACGGAAUGACGACUUGCUUCGUAUUCCCAGCAAAGGAAAGCGCUAACUAUGUAAGAAGAGACUUAAAUCAAGAUGUCUUUUGCAAGAUUAACAGUCAUAUUGGAGAUGUUGAUAAUGAUCCUCACACUCCCAAGAGCGAUGUAUCCUUUAAUAGUCAUGAUAAGAACAGUAGAAAAAAAAAUAGAAAGAAGAUGGCUUCUCAGUAUUAAGAAAUCAUUGCCAAUGGAUACCAAAAUCAUUAUAUAUAGUCUCAUGUUCCUCUCAGAAUGCAUUCUACCUCAGUCGAUGGUCACGAAGAUUAUAAAUUCUAAAGAAAACUUGGAAUGCCUGGCUCGCUUAAAAGGAGAUAGGAUUAGGAAAUAUCGAAGAAAGAUGAUUUAAUAAUUGAUACAUAAAAAGAGGAUCUAUCUUAGAAUAAUCAGGAUAGUGAGCUAGAACAUCAGAAUAAUUUCAACACAUUCAAAGUUCUGUAGCACAGAGGAAAUGAAAAGCAGUAGAAUAUUGGAAAGUAUGAAGUACUAUUCGAUGAUGCUGAUUUAAAAGACACUGAAGAUAAAUUUACUUCCAGAGACUUCAACUUCAAUAAGCUUCGCCACACUCCUGAUGAAUACUCUGACGACUAAUACUAUUGA